AUGAAGUCCAUUAUUUUUGCUGCAAUUACCGCUCUCUCAUGUCUUGCCUCCGCCAUGGAGGGUAUGAAUGGCUUUCGAAUGAGUGCGAUGGACCCUCAUGUAUCACCAAGAUACAAGUUCAGAAUUCGUGGAGAAAACCAAUAUUUUAAGGCACCCUCUCCGUCUGGCGGUCCAGGCGCACCCAAAGCUCCGUCCAAAUCUCCUUCUGGCGCUCCAGGCUCACCAGGAUCACCCAAAAGUAGUCCUAGUGGUGGUUGCGAAGGUAGCACCUGUGGUGCUGGCUAUAAGCUGACUUGCAAGGGGGGAAAACCUAGUUGCUCCCUGAAUAACCUAGUUGCGGCGUGCAAGGCCCAAGGUGGCGCAUACAUGAACACGUAUACCGACAAAAAUGGCAACGAAUGCUGUAACCACUGCGACGGCAGCCCAAGUUGCGGGAAAGAAUUAAAGCAGGCACAGGAGACAAAGCAUCCUUGCGGUAAAAAAUGA